AUGGGCGAAAUACAUGAAAUAAACCCAGACGAUCCCGCCGAUGAUGAGACUACCGACCCCUCUAUUCAACUGGCAAAGCUUGUCGACACCGAUCCUGACCGCUUUGGGGACCCGCGAACGUUAGGAACACUGAUGUGGAUGUGCUACGAAGGGCACCCCGAUGACAUAGCGUGGCUAGAUCGUUCAAUCCGGGCAACACAGGCAGCCGUCUUGGCUGCGAUCGACUCAGAGUUAGAAGAACAGGCUGUAAUCCAGGCUGACCUCGGUACGCGCCUUGAAGCUCGCUUCAAGGUCAACAGCUCCCUCGAUGAUCUUCAUGGCGCCGUUUCCGCCUUCAGGGCCGCCGUGAGUCUCACACCUGAUGGCCAUCCCAAUCAGGUCGCGCGGCUAUAUCAACUGAGUGUCUCUUUCCUGCUUCGAUUUGAUCUACUCGGCGUUAUACAGGAUCUCGACGGUGCCGCGACGGUUCUGUGUUGCGCAAAUGAACUCCUGCCUCUCGAUCAUUCUCAGAAACCGGUUACCAUGAGCGGAUGGGGUGCAGCCCUUUUCGAGCGGUUCAAGAGGAACAAAGUGCGCGAGGACCUCGAGGAUGCCAUCGCUGCCUUUCGUGGUGCCAUCGAGCUUAUGUCUGAUGACAACCCCGCAGCGCCAUCAGCGUACAACAACCUCGGUCACGCACACCUUCUGUCUUUCAAGCUUGAUAGUAACCUUGUGGAUCUCGAAGGCGCAGCGUCCGCACACAGCCGCGCUGCCGUGCUCACUCCGAACGACCAUCCUCUGAAGCCGACUGGAGAAUUAGGCAGCCUUGAGCGGGCGGCGGAGGUCCACCAACUGGCGAUCGCGCUCGCGCCAGACGGUCACGCACUGAUCGCAUCCCAUUACCAUGGCCUUGGUAACGUUCUUGUAGCGCAGUUCAAACGCACCGGGGAGCUGCAUGAUCUUGAGCGCGCGAUCCGUGCUCAUCGCAAUGCGGUGGAGAGAUCGCAGGAUGGACGAGCAUCCCAUGCCUCAUACGUAGCGGAUCUUGGAUCCGCUCUACUGCUCCUUGAAAGCACCGACAAGCUCUCUGAUCUCGAGCAGGCUGUCUCGACUUGUUCACAUGCGGUAGAACUACUCCCAGACGACCACCCUAGGAAGCCGUCGCAGCUCAAUAUCCUCGGGAAUGUACUCGUCCGACACUUCAAUCGAACCGGCGAGCUGCCCAGUAUUCAGAGAGCCAUCUCAGCACGAGAUCGCGCCGUUGAUCUCUUUGCCGAUAACCACCCAGACAAGCCAUUACGGCUCGCUGCCCUCGGCGAUCUUCUCGUCUGGUAUGCCAGACGGACCGGAAAGCUUGAACUUAUUGAUCGUGCUGUUCUUGUGUGGCGCCGCGCAGUCGAUCUCACGCCCGACGGUCAUACACUCGAGCCCUCUCGCACAUGCGCGCUUGGUGACGCGCUACUGAUUCGGUUUCAACAUACUGGCAUGAUGGAAGACAUAGAGCAAGCCAUCUUGGCGCAUCGUCGUUCCGUAGAGCUAUCGUCAAAUGAUCAGACAUUGGACGAACCUACCAAAGUUCCGAGUCUGGGUGACUCGCUGCUUCCGGAUCCUUAUUAUGCUGUACAACCUACCUCAGCAGACCGUGGAGGGAAAGCGACGUUCGUCAAUAGUUUUGGAUGCUCACUUCUUGCUCUCUAUGAGCGAAGUGGAGAAUGGGACGAUCUUGAACAGGCCAUAUCUGCACAUCGCCAGAACGUCGAAUCCACGCGGGACGACCAUCCUUCGAAACCGAUCUUCCUCACGAACUACGCCUCCUCGUUGGCCAGCCGGUUUCAUAGGACUGGCGAUCUGCAGGACCUUGAGCUGGCCAUCUCGAUGCAGCGCUCUGCCGUCCAGUUCACUCUAUCCGGCAGCCCUAGGAUGCAGGGGCAGUUGAACAACCUCGGGGGUUUGCUCAUCCGCUACUUCGAGCGUACUGGAGAGCUACAGGACAUCAAAAGCGCCAUAUCGGCGUUCCAGCGCGCAAUCGAGCUGAACUCUGAGGACUACCCGGAGAGGUCCUUGCUGUUCACGAAUCUUGGUAACGCGUCCAUUAGACUCUUCGAGAUGACAGGUGUACUUGCAGACCUCGAAGCUUGCAUCGCCGCCCAUCAAAACGCAUUGGACAUCACGCCAGAUGGACAUCCUGACAAGCCGGCAUGGUACAACCAUAUCUGCAACGCAUAUCGCAGACGCUUUGAACGUACUGAAGACCUCGACGACAUCGAGAGCGCCAUUUCGGCGGGGCGUCGCGCGGUAGAGCUGACACCGGAAGGUCAUGCUAAUCAGUUUCAAUGCCUCAACAGCCUGGCUGCAGGUCUUCUGCGCAGAGCAGAAGCCGUCGGAGAUCACACCAAUCUCGCAUACAUCAUUGAUCUCUUCGAGAAAGCGCUCACGCUCGCUCCUGAGGGCGACCCAUUCCGUUCGUCUUCAUUGAAGAACCUUGGCAUAGCCCAACAAGCCCUCUUCGAACAUUCAAAGACCCAAGACGACUUCGAUGCCGCUGUACGCUCUUACAUGACCUCAACCAUGCAAAAGUUCUCCAACCCCUCAGUGCGGUUGCAAUCCGCGAUACAGUGCGCCUCACUACUCUUCGCACAUCCCACAUUCAGCUCCGAUGAAUCACUGCUUUCGGCGCAUUCGCAGAUCAUCGCCGUCCUUCCUGAGAUCGUAUGGCUUGGUCAUGGUGUUCGUCGACGUUUCGACGAGUCCGCAAAGCUGGGAGACCUGGUGAAUGCAGCCGUAGCCGCCGCCAUCAGUGCAAACGCACUAGAGCAAGCCGUCGAGUGGCUCGAAGCGGGCAGAGCACUCAUCUGGUCUCAAGUCCUCUCACUGCGCACCCCGCUCGACGAGCUACAUCUGUCCCAUCCUGAUCUCGCAGCCUCUUUGCAGGACAUCCAGCAAGAGCUCCGCCUCUCAGCGCACACUUCGUACGCACCCGAUAUCGUCAACUUCGCCGGCGUUGUUGGUGUCAGCGUGAACAGUCAGGCAGAUCAUCACCGCCGACUCGUUAUCAGAUAUGACGAUCUUUUGAAGAAGAUCCGGGCUUGUGACGGCUUUGAGGAUUAUCUGCGUCCCAGACGGUUUGCGACGCUCGUCUCUCCGUCGAAUGUGCUUCAACGAGGGCCCGUUGUGUUCCUCAAUGUGCAUGCAUCCCGCUGCGAUGCUCUGGUCUUGCGUCCGGAUGCGUCGAUCGCGUCCAUAGCGCUGCCGGACUUGACCCUUGAUCGCGCUCGUACGCUGCAGUCGCUGUGGAAACAGGAGCUCAGCAGUGUUCGUGAACAGAGCGGGCUACAACCGACGUCUGGCGUCGACCCGCCGCAAGGAGCACCUGAGAAUGCUCAGUACAGGCACACCUCUCGCAUCGUUGAAGACGAAGAUUCCGGCCAUCGUGUCCUAGCAAACAUAUGGUCCUGGAUAGUCGAACCGGUCUUGAAAGCCCCGCACAUGACACCAUCUGAAAAGCAGAACGAGCUUCAGCACAUCAUCUGGUGCCCGACAGGACCAUUAACACAGCUCCCGCUCCAUGCUGCAGGCAUAUACGACGAAUCCGGUGGUCCGCGGGUGUUCGACACUGUCAUAUCGUCGUAUACGCCCUCUCUAUCUGCUCUCCUUCGCUGCUGCGAGGGGCUCGAGAAAGAGCGCACACCGCCCAGUGUACUCAUGGUAACACAGCCGAACACACCUGGGCAGUCGGCGCUCCCUGCUACCAGGGAGGAAGGUCGUCGCCUCGGGAGGAUACUCAACCAGGCGAAUGUUGCGAGUACGCUGCUCGAGCAUGACCGGGCGACAAAGGCGGCCGUUCGCGAUGCCAUGAAUCAACACUCGUGGGUACAUCUGGCGUGCCACGGACAGCAGUACCAGGGCGACGCGGCAAGGAGUGCAUUCGCGCUCUACGACGGCUCCUUGUCGUUAUCGGACCUUAUGGGCGCCGCAUCAGACAACGCUGAGCUCGCCUUUCUGUCAGCUUGCCAGACGGCUAAGGGAGAUGCGACGAAUCCGGAGGAGUCUGCGCAUCUUGCUGCGGGUAUGUUGGCGGUCGGGUUCAAAGGGGUCGUCGCUACGAUGUGGUCGAUCUACGACGCAGAUGCGCCGGUCGUCGUUGAGGCGUUUUACAAUGAGUUGCUCGCCGCGCGCAUGGCCGAUGAUGACCAGGCGAAGGGAACUGGUGCGGCGUACGCGCUCCACGAGGCGACGAGAGUGUUGCGGGAGAAGGUGGGCGCGCAGAGCUUCAUGCGAUGGGUUCCAUUCGUCCACUUUGGCGUAUAA